CUUUCUGAACCUCCCUUAUUUUUUCCUACAUUUUCUCCCUUCAGAUACAGCGUGGUGGUGGAGGGGGAGAGAGGCAACCGGCCGCACAUCUACUGCUUGGAACAACUGCUCCAGGAGGCUAUAAUCGAUGUGAAGCCUCCAUCGGUGCGUUAUCUCCCUGAGGGCACCCGGAUUGCCGCCUACUGGAGUCAGCAGUACCGCUGCCUUUACCCAGGAACUGUCGUUAACGGAAGCGCAGAUAUCGACGAGAACGACGAUCUGAUCACGGUGGAGUUUGACGACGGUGACACCGGACGCAUCCCUCUGUCCCACAUCAGGCUGCUGCCACCGGAUUACAAGAUCCACUGCGCAGAGCCCUCCCCGGCGCUGCUGGUGGCUGGGCCCUCCAGAAGGAGGGUGCGCAAAUGCAGCAAAGAGGCAGGAGCGAAGCCAGAGGAGACCACACCAAGGAUCAAAGGGAAACCGGGUCGCAAGCCCAAACCAAAACCAGAGACAUCCGUUAAUCAGGAAGUACGGGAGAAAGCCGAUCUUCUUCCUUCUCCCUCCCAGUCCACUGAGCGACCUAAAGCUCCAGCUAAACCUGCCCAGGACCGGACCUCCUCUGUCCAGAAACCUGCUCAGGAAAAGCCCCGCCCUGCGUCUCGGCCGACAAUUGGGACGCAGGAGAAAUCUGAACGGAAGAACUCUGGCACUUCCUCCUCAAGCAGCCCCACACUUCCCAGUCCGGUGCCAAGGAAGAGCAGCUCUGCCCAGUCUCCUGUUUCUAAAACAUCCCGAGCCCUCCCCUCCUCCCUCUAUCCCUCCACCUAUGGGAAGGUUCUGACUGUGGACCUGUACAGUGAGCCCAACCUUUGCUCUUAUAAUAGCCAGCGCAGAGAGCGGGAGAGCAGCAGCUCCAUCAGUCCCACCAGCAGGUCUGUGCCCAGGCCUGCGUUGAGCGUUUCGUCCUCUGCACCCAAACCCAACGCUGCCUCCACACCCAGACCUGCCUCCUCAUCCAAAAUAAAAUCCUCCUCAGAUCAUCAGAGCAGCUCCAGAUCUGGCCUCAGCUCCGGACUGCUGCCCAGCCCCAUCUCCAGGGUAACUAGCGGCAAAUCAGGCUCUUCCCUCACCGCCAGGCCGUCAUCCUCGCUGUCACCCACAGCUGCCUCCAAACCCAAGCUGAAGAUCCCAUCAGAGCAGAUGUCCUCCAGACCCCUCCCAAGGCCCAAGUCCAUCUCUGGACAGAGGAAGUGUUUGUCUGCAGAGCCGCUCGUGAAGCUCGACCACGAAGGCGUCACCUCGCCAAAAACCAAAAAAACCAAGGCUUUAAUGUUACUGGAGGGGCGGGGAAUCAGACGAGACCACACCCCUAUUACCACUUCCACAGCGAAUCAGAAGCUACUCAAAGCUAAAAUGAGAGCCCCUGAGAGGGCGACCAGUCUGCCAGAGAGGGAGUCUGCCUACAAGACCCCGAUCCUGGCUAAGGAGAAGCUGGAGAGUCGGGGAAGUGGCGUCAGAGGCAAAGAGACGGACGGGCGGGAAAAGGCUAAGAAAGAAGAACGAAAGGAGCUGGAGAAGAGGGAGGAGAGGAAGGUGAAAGAGGAAUCUCAGAGCAGCAGCAGCUCUGAUUCAGACGAAGAAGGUGAAAACGGAAAGGUGAAGAAGAAAUGCACCUCUAGCUGCUCCUCUUCUUCUUCAUCCUGCUCCGGUUCGUCCUCAUCAUCAUCAUCUUCAUCCUCCUCAUCGUCGUCGUCAUCUACUGACGACUCAUCCUGCAGCUCGGAUGAGGAGAGGACCCCUACGCCUCCACCCGGCCCCGCCCAGAAAGCUUCAACCCAGGACCAGCUGAAAGAAGACGUGAAAGAGGAGGAAGAGGAGGUGAAGAAGGAGGUGGAAGUGAAAGUAGAGGAGGAACAAUCAUCCUCCCGCUCAAACUCCCCCUCCCCAUCAACUCCACCGGUUACCCCCGUUCCUGCUCCCAGUACGCCAGCCAAACCGGCCACAGGGAAGGGCUCUGGGCAGAGGGGCCGUCCGCCGAAACCCAAACCGAGCGGCGGGGAGGGGAAGGCAGGGAGGCCCAAGAGGAGGGAGGGAGUCCACCUCCCCACCACCAAGGAGCUGGCUAAACGUCAACGGCUUCCCAGUGUGGAGAACAGGCCCAAGAUUUCUGCUUUCCUUCCAGCCAGACAGCUGUGGAAGUGGUUUGGGAAACCCACUCAGAGACGCGGCAUGAAGGGGAAGGCCAAGAAGCUCUUCUACAAGGCCAUCAUGCGCGGCCGAGAGAUGAUCCGCAUCGGGGACUGCGCCGUGUUUCUGUCUGCCGGACGGCCCAACCUGCCCUUCAUUGGGCGCAUCCAGAGCAUGUGGGAGUCCUGGGGAAGCAACAUGGUGGUCCGGGUCAACUGGUUCUACCAUCCAGAGGAGACCAACCCCGGCAAGAAACUCACCGAUAAGAAGAACUGGGAUCAGAUGUGUGGUCAGUCUUUACCAGCAGCUCUGCACUCGUCCAUCCAGAGGAAAGACUUCAUGGAGCGCGCCCUCUACCAGUCGUCUCACAGCGACGAGAACGACGUGCAGACCAUCAGUCACAAGUGUCUGGUUGUGAGCGUGGAGGAGUACGAGCAGAUGAUCCACACCCGCCGCUAUGCCGACAGCGAGGACCUCUACUACCUGGCCGGCACCUACGAACCCACGACCGGAAUGAUCUUCAACACGGACGGCGUUCCGGUCAUCUGCUAACCGAGCUACUGAAACCAAAUCAUGACACGACCUCACGAGGAGUUCCGACCAAUCUGUGGUCUGAUCACUGAUUUUAAUAUUCCUGAUUUAGAACCGUGACAUGAACUGCUCACAAACCCUGAUACACUUCAAAGAGACUGUCGAGGACAGCGCUAACUAUGGAGACGGGAGACACUACAGACAGUAUUAAAAAACAAAAUCAGCUGUCUCCAGAAGCAUUUGCACACACAGAUUUUAUUUCCUUCUCUACUCACAGGGAAAAGACAUAAAUACUUCCUAUUGCGUGUAAAUAUCUCCCCUGCAGAAACAGACACAUACAGUAUGUAUGCUCACGUGUGCACAACCACAAUGUAAAUACUUACGCUAAUGUAAGAGACACAGGUAUCUAGAGGAAAAUCUAAGUGUUUUAUUUUCAUGUGAUAGAUUUAUGUCAAGAGUACUUUUUUCUGAAGAGGUAAACAGCAAAGAAGCUUUAACGAACUGUGAAUGAUGAAACAGGAAGGGCACAUGCCUGUUCGCCCUACAGCUGCGGGGAAAAGCUGGUGUGAUGUUGUGAUUAUGAUGUUCCUGUGGUGAUGUUACAGUCCUGUUACAGUCCUAUGAAUUUGUGUACAGAACAGCAGGAGCAACAGACGCAAAGAAAGAAAUGCACCGAAAGACGGAGGUAGACUCCUACCAGCGCAAUCCAACAGAAAGCACUUAGAAACACUUGUGUUAUUUAACCUUAGCAAUCCCCGCCACCCCUGACAAUCGGAACUCAGGGCAAAGCGUCCCUGUGUUGUUGAAAUUCGACUCCCUCGUUUAACUCAGGCUAAAGAGAGAGGAAGAAAUGUAUCUAUGAAAAGCACUUCUCGUUUUCUAAAGUUCUCAGUUUGGAGGACAAAUCCGCACCAGAAACACACUAUGACAGAUAUGCAGCUGCAGUCUGAGGAUCUUCUGUCACGUUUAGCCAUUUCUUUAGCUCCCACAUUCAGCAAGAAUUUCCCAUACAGCCAUCAGAUAGUAGGCACUGGCUGGUACCAGAUUCUCCUGGUUUAACCUUGAAGAUAAACACCAAGGUUUCUCUUCAGAAACCCCAAACAUGAACUAAGAUGUGUGUAACACAAACAGAAAAUAAUCAAUGUUUCCAACCAUUGCAGAAAUAUGUCCAAUUGUUACUUUUUCUGUAACGGCAAAAGAUAAGAUUAGCUCCUCUAAAUUUAGCCUUUUAGUUGUAAUUGCAUGCCGCUCCGUUAAGCUGAUUGGUCACUAGCCUGCAGUCUGCUGCUUUACAGUAUCUGCUUGCAAACUGUGGCAUUGCCUUAAAAGAGAUUGGUGGCCAUCUUUUUAGUUUUUAAAAACUAAACUGCAUGUUUUCAUUACAAAGCAGGUCAUUCUAUCUGUAGGAAGAGCUUAACUGAAAAGUCAUUUUAAAACCAUAUUUUGAAUUAGCUUUAUAGCUUUUGGCCCUCGUAUGUUUUGGCAAAUAGAUGUUAACCUAAACAAAUAGGAUAAAACACAAAAAAGACACUUUUUUAAUAAGUCUUAAAGCAUAAAAAACAUUUUAUGUUUAAAUUAUAUUUUUAUACAGGCACCUAAUUUGCUUGCCCUUUUCCAUUGCAAAUUAGAUAAUUAUAUUUGAUUAAAUUAUUGAUAAAAGUUUUAUUUCAGUAACUUGAUUCUCUAGAUUAAUACACAGAAUGUGGAUGUUUCUGACGUAUAGCUGGUGAAAAUGUCACAAUUAAGAUUAGAAUAUUAAAUAAUUUCUAUACAGAAAUGUGGGAGUAAAAAGUAUGUUUCGAUUCUAAAGAAUAUUUGAUAAUUUUUUUAGUUUUAAUCUAACAAAUGAGCCUUAUAGUAAAGUAGAUUAUAUAUUAUUAAAUUAGACAGCACUUGUACAGAGUCUAUUUUAGGUUUUUGUUGAGAUGCAAAGAAAAGGAAUCAAAUUUAAAAUUUUUAUUUGUAUUUUAAAAUGUGAAACAAUUGAACUUUCCCCUCUUGCUUACUUGUCCUAUAAACCAGCCAAUGCCUACAGGAUGGGGGGGCAUCCUGAUCUCACUGUAUGUGUGGGAAUGUUGGGAUCAGGAAUCCCAGCCGAUGGGAAUAUUUCUGUUAAACACUGCAGUCAGUGCGAGCCUCAUCAAGGUCACGGCGCUGAUAUCCUCCACGCAGCUGUUGAAACCGAUUCGAUCAGCAUAACCCCAUUUUAAACACUCAUUCUCCACAGCUUGCCUUCCUUCAUUCUCUCAUUUUGUCUGCAACCUUCAGAUGUCCUGUGUUUAGUGUUUAAUUUAUUUCUUUAAAAAAAAAAAAAAAUCCCCUUCUUGAUGUUUUGUGGGAAAGUUUCUCUUCAAUCACAUGCUUUCCUCUAAACUACCACCCGUUUCCACAUGAGCGCACUUUGAAUAAGGAGACUCUAAGCCUGGGAGUCUUGUAUUGUCUUCCUCCAGUAUUUACUCCCAUCAAUCACUCCCCUUUUUCUAACCUGUUAAUGCAGGUAAAGAAACGCAGCCACGUCUGUCAGGUUGCUGGUUCUUACAGCAGCUCAUUAUUUUAGUUUUUUCUUUGUGCCUAAGUUUUUCUUUUGUCCUUUUUAUUUCUCAGUGAGGCUGUUGAAUGUCGUGCUCAAUGAUCGCCAGUGCUUAAGCGGCCUUUCUCUCCCAGGCCUUAUAAUGAUUGUUUGCCAAACUCCUCUUUUUGCUUCCCUCCAGAGAAAUAAUCCCAUUUUCUCUCUUUUUGCCUUCGUUAAGAUGUAGUUUACUAAAAACUAUCAGAUGUAUCCGUAAAUACUAGCAGCAGGUCGCUGUAUUGAACGGCGUUGCCCGCUGUCUUUGCUGGGAUCGGGCUGGCAUGAAAAACUGACUUAAAAAUGGAAAAAGAAAACAUUUCAAACCAUUUGUUUUAUUAUCUUUAAAGAGAAAAUUUAGAAUUAGGUGGCCAAAUUUGUCUUUCCUGUAAAUCA